GUAACUAGCUUUUCAUGUUGUAGCUUUCUAUUUCCUCAAAUCACGACUUCAGAUUUAUAGAAUAUUAGCCAAGCCAUGAGAAGAAGAAGAAGAAAUUCAGGCCUAAUAGGCAACAGAGGAGCAGACGAUGAUGAACGAACUCAGAUAUUGGAUUGUUCGGCCAAAGAUCUUCCGAGCCCAAUCCUCGUCGAUAUUCUAUUACGACUCCCUGUGAAGAUGAUUCUUGUUUGCAAAUGCGUUUCUAAAACUUGGCGCAGUUUAAUUUCGGACCCCCAAUUCACAAAGCUGCACUUCUCACUACAACAGCCCUGUCCUCUGAUUCGGACCUUGGAUUCGACGCGUGUGUCAAGAAUGCUUUACUUGAUUGAGCCUGAAACUUGCCACAAUUUCGAUAUUGGGUACUGCAGUUGUAAUGGUGGCUAUCAGUAUGAUCGAUGUGGCCUUCAUGUGAACAUGAAGCUUGACACCAAAUUGAAGAUCCCAUUGCGCAAUGCUGAAAUGGUUCUCAAAGGCGAAGAGGGUGAUGCCCAAAUGGGUUGUUCCUCUGAAGGCAGUGGGGUUAAAAGGAAACGCAACAUCAAAGUUAAACCCAAGGAUCAGAAGUACAAAAUUGUGAAUUCAUGCAAUGGUUUUCUUUGCUUGUCUGAACCAUCUCGUAAGGAUCCUGUUGUUGUGUGUAAUCCAGUCACUGGCGAGUAUAUAGAACUUCCGGUGGUUAACAGGGAUGAUGAGAAUUCCAAAUAUUUUGGUGAUUGUGGGUUUGGGUUCAGUCCAAAGGCUAAUCAGUAUAAGGUGAUUAGAAUGUUUCAACGAUUGAUUCGGGAUCCUGUUACAGGUUGGGAAAGAUAUGGUCGUAGCAUAGAGAUAAACACACUUGGCACAGGAUCAUGGAGAAGCAUUGGUGAUGCUCCCUUUUCAUCUUAUAGGCUAACAUUUCCGACCUAUUUGAAGGGAUGCAUUCAUUGGUUCUGUCUUGAUUCCAAAAGUUCUAAUUAUAUAGUUUCUUUUAACUUUGAUAACGAGCAGUUCAAAUGGGUUCCGCCACCUCCUCGUGAGUAUGUUGAAUAUGAUUAUGAUGAAUUUAAUGAAACCGGCAAGAUUAGUUUGAGUACGAUGUGUAAUGUAUCCAUGGGGGUCAUAAAAGACUGUCUAUGCAUAUCUGAUGCCUCCAGUUACUGUCCUAUUGACAUAUGGGUUUUGAAGAAAUAUGGUGUUCAAGAAUCUUGGACAAAAAUGUUUUCUAUUGAUACCGAUACAGAUGAGAGGUGGCCUAUUGGCUUAUAUCAGCCAAUAAAUUACCUAAAAAAUGGAACAUUAUUGUUGUUUCAAUAUUUCACAAGCUCUCUGAUUUGUUACGACCUGAAUCAAAAUUUGAAGCAAUUGCUUAUAUUCCAAGUUUGAUUUCACUUAAGGAGGCCGUUGGAGAUAACACGGUGGUACUGAAUAUCAAUUCAAGGUGUGCAAAAUUCAGAGUGCUGGGUGAGACUAAAGCUAUUUCGUUGGAGGAAGAAGAUAGGGAUAUGGCAUCUGAUUCAUUUUCAUCGUAUUCUGAUUCUGAUAUAUGGAAGCACUUGUGGCAGAGGUGAUGAAGCCAAAAAGUAUGCUGCAAUUCAAAGUGGCAGGAGAGACUAGAGCUCUUUCAUUAGUGGAAGAGUGCAUACAGAGAAAAGCCGCUUGAUUUACUCGUCUUUUGAUUGAUAGGUGCAGGAAGGGUAAGGAAAUUGAUGUUAUGCUUAGAUUAACUACUUUAUAAUCGAAGCUAAUAUCUGAAGGUAUUGGUUUUUUGAGCAAGUAUACCUUUCCUGAGGUUACUUAGUGCUUGACUGAGUAUGCUGAAAGAAACAGUAUCAGUAAUUGUGGUUAUUGAGUGCUUUACUUCUUUAAAUUUCUUAGGGACUGGAAAGUUUUUGAGAACUAAACCAAGUAAUGACUACUGAUAUCUUUCUCAUGUUUACUCUAAUCUUUUCUAGGAAUUUCUCAUGAAAAUUACAAUUUCGACCUUUUUACAGGAUAUUUAUA